CUCGCGUCUCUGCAGCCCAAGCCAGAGAAUGCGGUGACCAUUGCGGUGUCGUCCCGGGUCCUGUUCCGUACUGAGACGGAGCAGAAGGUGUAUGAGCAGAAGGGGGUGGAGGAGUACCUAAGGUACCAGGUGGAGCACGAGAACGAACCCUUCGCCCCUGGACCAGCCUUCUCCUUCGUCAAGGCGUUGGAGGCGGUGAAUGCCCGCCUGAGAGAACUGUACCCAGAGAGUGAAGAACUGUUUGACAUCGUCCUGGUGACCUAUAACCACGCCCACGUAGGAGUCAGGCUCAUCAAUACCAUCAACCAUCACAAUCUGUUCAUUGAGAGGUUCUGUAUGACGGGAGGCAGUUCCCCUAUUGGCUACCUAAAGGCGUGGCAGACCAACCUGUACCUGUCUGCUGAUGCUGAGAAGGUCAGAGAGGCGCUGUCUGAAGGCAUUGCAGCGGCCACCAUGUUCAUGUCCAAUAAGCUGACAGAGGUAUCGCAGACGCAGCUGAGAGUGGCCUUUGACGGUGACGCUGUCCUCUUCUCUGACGAAUCAGAACGCAUCUUCAAGGCCCAGGGCCUCGACGGGUUCUUCCAGCACGAGAGAGACAACGAGGACAUUCUACUGGACCGUGGACCUCUUAAGGACUUCCUAGCAUCCCUUGGCAAACUCCAGAAGAAGUUUUAUGCUAAGGGCCACCGUCUGGACUGUCCCAUCCGUACCUACCUGGUGACGGCCCGCAGCGCAGCCAGCUCAGGGAUCCGUGCCCUGAAGACCUUGAGAGCCUGGGGCCUGGAGACGGACGAGGCUCUCUUCCUGGCCGGGGCCCCCAAGGGCCCGAUGCUGGAGAAGAUUAGGCCCCACAUCUACUUUGAUGACCAGAUGUUCCAUGUGGAAGGGGCGGCGGAGAUGGGCACGGUCGCGGCUCACGUACCCUACGGGAUCGCUCAGAAGCACCCACAUAAGAAGUGCCUGAACACAGGGAAGUAGACAGUGGAGGGAGAGAAUAAGAUAAAGAUUGAAGAGACUAAGAGAGAAGAGAGACCUGAGAUGAAAGACUUUUAGAUAGGGAGAUAUAGAGUCAUGUGGAACAUCUGAUCUUCCCCGGGUCAUUGUCACAAACAAGAAAGGGUUAUUUUUAGUCAGUGAGUUUCGUAAAAACUAAGGUAGAUCAAUAACAAUGAAGACAAUGAAGAAAGUCUGUAAAGUUUUGGUAAUGAAAUACUCCUAAUAGACAAUAAUUGAAUUGUGUUGAUUACAGUAUGUGCUUUUCACCAGAUUUCAGAAGUGUUUGUGUUGUACAUAAGUGGGGCAGUUUCACCUCCUGUGUGUGCAGCCGUUAUAAUCAUCCUUAGGAGUGUGUUAUCAUAAGCACUUUGGUUGGACACGGGAGAGUUGAUACAGGAACAUCGGAGAGUUCUACAUACCUGAUACAAGAACAGAGGAGAGUUCUACAUACCUGCUAUAGGAACAGAGGAGAGUUCUACAUACCUGAUAUAGGAACAUCGGAGAGUUCUACAUACCUGAUAUAGGAACAGAGGAGAGUUCUACAUACCUGAUAUAGGAACAGAGGAGAGUUCUACAUACCUGAUAUAGGAACAUCGGAGAGUUCUACAUACCUGAUAUAGGAACAUCGGAGAGUUCUACAUACCUGAUAUAGGAACAUCGGAGAGUUCUACAUACCUGAUAUAGGAACAGAGGAGAGUUCUACAUACCUGAUAUAUUAACAGAGGAGAGUUCUACAUACCUGAUAUAUUAACA